CAAGUGAAUCAUCGAUGAUUUGUGCAUGUGACGAUCUCUGUUUUACUUAUGGGAGAGAUCACUCAGUUUUCUAUUACUAUAUCAGGUCAACUUUUUCUAACCUAAUAAAUUAAAUGUCUCUCAUUGGUUGGUUUUGGGUUUGAUUCGGUUUAGUUUUGGUUUAGGUAGCUGUCUUUUUGAGAAAAUCAUAAACAUUUAACAAAGUAUAGAAAUCCAAUUAGUAUAAUUUUUCAUUUUCUAUUGGUUGCUGUGAGAUUACGUCAUUCUCGUAUUAAUAUUUAUUUAUACGUCACGUUAUUACCGUUGUUAUGCUUCGUUUUUAAUUAAUCAAGUUUUAAAUCCCCAUACUAAUUAUAUAUGUAGGUGUAGGUAUCGAGACACAAAUCAGUCCUUUUAUUUUUGUAUAUAAUCCUGUUGUGUAUGAAAAGGUUUCGAGUCUAUUGACUUAAUAACCAAACUAAUUAAGUUUUCUUUCUAAUUUUUUUGAAGUGCAUAUGAAGAAAGAGACAAAAGAAGAGGAGGAAUACAUUAUUCUCUCUUCCAUCUUACUUCGACUCUGAUCUGGAUCUCAAUCUCAAUCUUCAAGUUUACUUCAAAAGCAAUGACCAAGAUCUUUUUCUUCUUCUUUAUUAUCAUCAUCAUCAUUUUUCUUCAAUCUCCACCACAAAUCCAAUCCCAAACUAUUCCAAGAAACAUCAGUAUCUUCAUCUUGGCCGGGCAAAGCAAUAUGGCGGGUCGAGGUGGAGUUUAUAACGACACCGCUACAAACACCACCGUGUGGGACGGUGUGAUCCCCCAGGAAUGUCGAUCAAACCCUUCAAUCCUCCGUCUCACGGCCAAGCUCAAGUGGGAAAUUGCUAAAGAGCCACUACACGUUGACAUUGAUGUUAACAAGACCAAUGGUAUUGGACCGGGGAUGUCAUUUGCUGAUCGGUUGUUUUACCGGUUCGGUCAUGUGGGUUUGGUUCCUUGCUCUAUCGGUGGGACUAAACUAAGCCAAUGGCAAAAGGGUGAGUUUCUUUACGAGGAGACGGUGAGGAGAGCGAAAGCCGCGGUUGCUAGUAGUGGAGGCGGCUCGUACAGGGGGAUUUUGUGGUAUCAGGGUGAGUCGGAUACGGUGGAUAUGGUGGAUGCUUCGGUAUAUAAGAAGAGACUAGUCAAGUAUUUUACUGAUCUUCGAAGUGAUUUAGAUCAGCCAAAUCUUCCUAUUAUACAGGCUGUAGCUAAAAUAUCGUACUACCAAUCCAGCUGUGGUGUGGCUCUAGCGACAGGGGCAGGACCAUAUCUUGAUGCGGUGAGAAAAGCUCAACUGAAGACAGAUCUUAAGAACGUGUACUGUGUUGACGCCAUGGGUCUACCUCUUGAACCGGACGGUUUGCAUCUUACCACUUCAUCUCAGGUCCGGCUCGGUCAAAUGAUAGCCCAGAGUUUCGCGGACAAUAUUCCCAAUUCAGCUCAACCACUCUAUAUGCCUCUUCUAAUCACUUCCUUCUGUUGUUCCCUUUAUAUCAUCUUUUUAGAAAUCUUGGCACCUACCUUACCAUUUUUGUAACAUUUUAUUUUUCUUCUCUUUAUUUUUUGGAUUCCUCAUGAUAUUUGUUCAAAUUAUUAUUAUAAAGAAACUUAAGUCUUAUUCACUUAA